UUAUAUCUCUCUUUAUUUAUUUUAAUAAAUGUAUGUAUUAUGAAAGUUUUCGUCUUUCCUGGAAACAAACACCGUCGCUGCCAGCCGUUACGUAAGAACACGACUCCCCUCUCUGAUUGGCCGAGCGCCCCUGUCACUCUGCGACGCGCCGUCCAAUGGGAGCGCGAGGCAGGCGAUACGAACUGGCAGCCGCCAUGUUGUAUCCCCGGGGUCCAGGAGGAGCGUCGUCCCGGUAGUAAACACGGUCGAUGACGUUGACCGCGCGCAGGACUCUUCACGGGGGGAAACGGACCGCAGCUGGAAGCCAUGAGCCGCCCGUCCUCAGCCGGGGCCGGAGCCGGAGGUGGAGGACUCGGAGCCGGUAAAGCAGGCGGAGGAAAGCACGGGGGAGCCGGAGGAGCCGCCGCCGCUGCUUGUGCGGCGGCGGCCGGAGGCGGAGGAGUGAGCUCCGGGUCCGCCGCCGCUCCCGUGUCCCUGGCCCUCGGCCUGCCCGGGCAAUCACCGGAGCUCACGGCGCUGUUCGAGUGCCCGGUGUGCUUCGACUACGUGCUGCCGCCCAUCCUGCAGUGCCAGGCGGGCCACCUGGUCUGCAACCAGUGCCGCCAGAAGCUGAGCUGCUGCCCGACCUGCCGAGGCCCGCUGACCCCCAGCAUCCGGAACCUGGCCAUGGAGAAGGUGGCGUCCACGCUGCCGUUCCCCUGCAAGUACUCGUCGGCCGGCUGCCUGCUGUCGCUGCACCACAGUGAGAAGCCGGAGCACGAGGAGGUGUGUGAGUUCCGUCCGUACACCUGUCCGUGUCCCGGGGCCACCUGCAAGUGGCACGGAGCCCUGGAGGCCGUGAUGCCUCACCUGAUGCACGCCCACAAGUCCAUCACCACGCUGCAGGUACUGACGACUCUCCUUCAACGACUCACCUUCAACGACUCACUUUCAACGACUCACCUUCAACGACUCACCUUCAACGACUCACCUGUAAUGACUCACCUUCAACGACUCACUUUCAACGACUCACCUUCAACGAGUAUCCUUCAACGACUCAACUGUAAUGACUCACCUUCAACGACUCACUUUCAACGAGUCUCCUUCAACGACUCACCUUCAACGACUCACCUUCAACGACUCACUUUCAACGACUCCUUCAACGACUCACUUUCAACGACUCACCUUCAACGACUCACUUUCAACGACUCACCUUCAACGACUCACUUUCAACGACUCACCUUCAACUGGUCUCUUUCAACGACACACCUGUAA